AUGGCUGUUUCACAAACCACAUCGAAACCCGUGAAAGAGACGCUUGGUAAAUACUUCGAUGAGCCUGGGACGGAUGGCACCCUUCGCCAUUAUGAUAGCAGGUUUUUUAAGGGGGUUGUAGAGCCUGCAGAUCGAGUGGAGAGCUUGACGGAUAUGAUUCGAGCAUAUCUGCAAUUUUUCCAGGAGAACAGUUUGGAGACCUGGAUAGCCCACGGCACACUCCUAGGUUGGUGGUGGAAUGGAAAGAUACUUCCAUGGGACUGGGACUUAGAUACACAGGUCAGCUCUAAUACCCUUAUAUAUCUCGGUGAAUACCUGAAUCAAACGGUCUAUAAUUACACUGGUAGCAAGCCAGGCAGCAGGAGGAAACGUCAGUAUCUGCUAGAUGUCAACCCGGCUUCACAAGACCGACACCGUGGAGACGGCCAGAAUGUCAUCGACGCUCGAUGGACCGAUAUUUCCAAUGGUAUCUACACUGAUAUCACAGGAAUCAGUGAGCUUAACUAUGAUACUGAGCCAGGAGUGUUGAGCGACAAAAAUUUCCACCGGUACCAAGAGGCGGACAUUUAUCCUUUGCGCCAAAGCAUUUGUGAAGGGGUGCCUGCAAGCAUUCCAUUUAAUUAUAUCGGUAUUCUGGCAGCAGAAUAUGGCAAUGCUUCUCUCUGGAGAAUCAUAUAUGAGAAGUAA